AAAAGAGAUGAAAUCGUGCAGUGGUCAUCAGUAGAAACGAUUGAGUUCAGCCUAACCGAUAGUGAAUGGGAACUGCUGUCAAAUAUAAUGCAAGAAGUUGUGGCGGAGAUGGACGAAGCAGAGUUUGUGGAAGAGAACGGUGAAGAGAUGCACGUUGCACAGGAUCCGGCCACGGGGGAGAGCAACCGUACUGUUGAUAUCGAUAUUAUCGUGCUUAAUGGAAGAGAAAACGAAUCAACUGAAGACUCUGAUGAAAGCACAGAUGACGACGAAGAAAUAAUGUCUGUAGGAUCAGGUCAGGCCACGGACGGAGAUAAUGAAACACAGCUUAACGGGGCUGAAACGGAGUCUGAGGAAGAAUCCGCAGAGAACACAGAUGAAGACGAGGAAACAAUGUCAGUAGGGUCAUCUGAGGCCACCGACGGAGAUAAUGAAACAAUACAGCUCAAUGGGACUGAAAUGGAGUCUGGGGAAGAAUUCGCAGAGAACAUGGUAUACGAGGAAGAGCAGGAGGACUCGGCCGCAGAUAACUACGCGAUCGUGCUCGAUGACAGCGAAAUGGAGUCUGUGGAAGAAUGGACAGACACCACGGAGUCAACUGUAGAGAAUGACUCCAUGUUGGAUGAAGAAGAUGAUGAUGAGGAGGAGGAGGAUGAUGAUGAUGAUCCCAGUGAUGAACAUCAAUCUGCUCGCAUAUUUCGACGACUGGUUGCUUUGCUUCUGAGAAAUAGUCAGAGAAACUUCACUGGCUCAUUUUCACAUGAAUAAAUAACAUGUUUGGUCAUACAAA